AGUAAGCGAACUGCGGAAAAUCAUAAUAAACGAAACUUAGAAAUAUGGCAUCGUUUCCUCAAACAAGUGUCUAAAUAACAGAGGAUCUUAUUGACUAUAGAGUACAGAGUCGUAGGACUUGUUUUGUGUUUCUUUUUUUUUUUCUUUUUCGGAUUAUAAUUAUUAGAUCUAGUGGCACAAUAUGUCAUCUAUACAUCUUCCUAAAGUUGUUAGUCAGAGAGGAAAAACUUCAUUGGAUAUUGAAAGAGAAAACUUCGAAAAAAGACAGACCGUGGCCCUGACCAAGGCUAUCAACAACCAGGAGACACCAGUCAAGGAGAAACAUGCCAGGAGUGCUAUACUUGGAACUUUCCAAGACCAGGGGGGCAACAUGUUCUGGUCCAUCGCCUCCAAGAUGCCUGUACAGGCUAACCCUAUAGUGGCCUGGAAGUUCUUACAAGUUAUACACAAGCUCAUGAGAGAUGGCCAUGCUAACGUUGUUCCUGAUUCAGUGAAAUAUGCAAAUCAAAUCCGAGACUUAGGAAAGUUAUGGGGCCACCUUAAAGAAGGUUAUGGGAAGUUGAUAUCAGGCUACUGCAGGCUUAUCAUCCAGAAGUUUAAAUUUCACAGAAAGUUUCCUGGCAUUCCUGGCAAUCUGAUGAUGACUGAUGAACAGUAUUACAAAAUAUGUGGGGCAGAUGUCAAUAACUACUUUGAAUUUUCUAUAGAUAUGUUAGAUUACAUGGAUGAGAUUCUCUCACUACAACAUUCAGUUUUUGGGUCACUAGACAUGUCUCGCGCCAACUCCAUGACCUCAUCAGGACAGUGCAGGCUGGCUCCUCUCAUCCUGUGUAUCCUGGACUCCUGUCAACUCUACGACUACCUGGUCAAAUCUCUAUUUCACCUCCACUCUAGCCUGCCACCUGACACUCUGUCUGGGCACAGGGAUAGGUUUCUACAGUGUUAUAAAAAGUUGAAAGAGUUCUACUUCAAGUGCAGUAACCUCCAAUAUUUUAAACAUCUAGUCCAAGUACCAGCUCUACCUGAGAACCCCCCAAACUUUCUGAUAGCAUCAGACUUUACAAAACACAUCAAACCUGCAGCCGUGGUGAAAGAGGUGGAGCCUGAGCCAGAUGCUGACACAGAUUCUGUUGAUAACUUGAUUGACAUGUCAAUACCUGAGCAGGUCCCUGAAGUGGCUAGUCGACCUCCAGAACCUGAUGAGCGGGACUUCCUGAUAGAACGACUGAGGCGAGAGAUCCAGCAGCUGAGAGAUGAGUUGAACCGUCUAAGGGUGGAGGACCAGAGGAUCAUCUCAGGGCUCAAUGAUGAGAUCAGCAAGCUGGAGAAGAUUCUCUCUGAGCUCAGGCUCUCAGCCAACAAGUCACUCAAGGAAAACGAGGGCCUUAAGAAAGACAUUGAACAGCUAAAAGCUGAUGCCCUGGCUGCAUCCAAGUUGCCUGAAGCAGAAAAGCAUGCUAAAGCAAAUCAAGAAAAGUUCCAGAAAAUGAAAGAAAUCUACAGCAAGCUUAGAGAGGAGCAUGUUUCAUUGUUACGAAAUCAUGAUAGCCUAACCAAGCAAUUGGCUGCUGAAAAGAAAACAGCUGAAGAGAAAGAUCAAAUUCUAAAGGAGAACCAGCUGGAGUUGAACCGGAUGGUUGAUGAGAAAAAAAUGGUCCAGGACAACCUGCAGAAAUCAGCCAAUGACAUCUCACAACAGCUAGCAGAAGUUAGCAGCUUCAACUCCAAGCUGGAGAAACAAAAAGAGGACCUGGAGGCCAGGAUCCGUGUGUUGGAAGAAGCCAAGAGUCAGCUGGAGUCAGACCUUGACGCCAGGAGCAGUGAGCUGCACACAGUGAGUCAGGAGCUGCAGGAAACCAAGGAACAGGCCCAGGAGAAGGAGCAAGAACUCACAGAGAGCAACGACACACUCAAGAUGCAGCUGGAGCAAGUCAGGACAGAGAAGGACAAUAUUGAGGCUAGACUUGGUGAAAGAUUAACAGAAGCUCAGAGCAAACUGGCAGAGACAGAGGCAGACAGAGACAGGCUGCAAGCAGAGCUGGACAAGCAGGUAACCACACUGACCAGUAGGUGUGAGCAGCUGGAGACACAGAAGAAAGAGUUGGAGGAAAGUUCUAAGGCAGCUAUGGACAGACUGAGGAGACAGAUUAUAAGUCGUAGUGUCCAAGAAGCAAGUGUGAUGAUCCAAGAUGCCCUGGAGCAGGGAGAUAACCCAACUCAUGCCUCAAGUACUUGUACAGCAGAGUACCUCAUCUCUAGAGCAGCUCCUGUCUUGUCUCGUCUGUCUUGCCUGGAAUCUUCAGCAGCUGCCUACAGGCUGGACACAGCAGAUCUGGAUGCACUAGUAAGUUCCAUCACAGAAUUUGCUCACCAUCUGUCUGACUGUGUCGUCCAUGGGUUUGCAACCUCCCAUGCUGCCCAGAUAGAACCAGGAGAGGAGCUGUCCAAUGCCUGCAGGCACUCAGGUCAACUGGGUAUAGCACUACUGCAAGCUGUGGACUCAGAAGGUCAUGUGGAAGGUGCUGCCAAAGUGGCCAGGGAUAGUCUGGAGCAUCUGAUCAAACUGGCAGAGGAGCUUGUGCCUAAGAUGGAGGAUGUGAAGGCUGAAGAGAUAGGAGAUAUGCUGGAGAAUGAGAUGCAAGGGAUGACUGCGGCUAUUGAGGCAGCAGCUGCUAAGAUUCAAGAUAUGCUCCACAAAACAAGGGAAGACAAGACAGGUGUCAACCUGGAGGUGAAUGAGAAUAUUCUGGGGUCUUGUACAGAACUCAUGAAGGCUAUCAAGGUUCUAGUAGAAAAGUCCAGAGAUCUACAAAAGGAAAUAGUUUCUUGUGGUAGGGGGACAGCAUCAGCCACAGAUUUCUACAAGAAAAAUCACAGGUGGACAGAAGGCUUGCUGUCUGCUGCUAAAGCUGUUGGUUGGGGAGCUACCACUUUACUGGACACAGCAGAUAGAGUGGUGAGUGGCAAGGGCAAGUUUGAGGAGAUCAUGGCUUGUGCCCACGAAAUAGCUGCCAGUACGGCACAGCUUGUUGUGUCUUCUAAGGUCAAGGCUGACAGGGACAGCAAGCUGUUGGCCCAGUUGUCUUCUGCCUCUAAGGGAGUUAACCAGGCCACUGGAAAUGUUGUGGCAUCAGCCAAGGCUGCUGCUGAGAUUGUAGAAGACCAAAAUCUGAUGGACUUCUCCUCAAUGUCCCUUCACCAGAUCAAGAAGACAGAGAUGCAGUGCCAGAUCAGAGUGAUGGAGCUUGAAUCUAAUCUAGAAAAAGAAAGAAAGAAGUUGGGAGAGUUAAGGAAACAACAUUACAGUUUAGCUGGUGAGGCUGAGGGCUGGGAGGUUGAUCAGUUUGGAGAGCUGAUCACUGGCCUGGAUGUAUCAAGUGCUGGGGAUGCCAGUUAGCUGACUCACACACAUAAAAGAUGAUGGGCCACUAGAAGCAGCAAGUUUGUAUUGAACUCACGAGCAUGUGUCCCAUUUGAUACAUCACAGACUGGACAUUCUGAUAAGUCCACCUUGUUUACUGAUAGACACAAAUGUGCUACACUAUGGGGGGUGUGGGUCAAAGGUGCACCACAUGAAAUGUAUAGGAUAGCCUUAGGCCAGUUUUUGUAGCACCUUGUAUAAAGAAUGUAUGGAGUUGUUGAACUGUUAUUUUAGGUUAAACCGUGUAUCGUGUAGUUUGUAUGGCAGUUUGUGUUAAACCAGUAUUUAUUCAUCAACAUACGGUGGUUGUUUUCAUGUAUUUGGUUGUAGGGAACAUUGUAUCAUUGACAUCUUCUGUUAGAUGUCUUCAUCAUGUAAACAAAUGGUAAGUUGCUGGGUCUAACACUUUGUCUUGGGACACAGUUGCUGGGUCUAACACUUUGUCUUGGGACACAGUUGCUGGGUCUAACACUUUGUCUUGGGACACAGUUGCUGGGUCUAACACUUUGUGUUGGGACACAGUUGCUGGGUCUAACACUUUUGUUGGGACACAGCUGCUGGGUCUAAUACAAACAUUCAUUUAUUGGCCAAUCAGGUACAAAAGUCAGAUUGGUAAUAGUCAUGAGUUAGAAGAAAGGUUUUAAGUCAGAUAGAAAAAUUGUCAUGAGUUAGAAGAAAGGUUUUAAGUCAGAUAGAAAAAUUGUCAUGAUUUAGAGGAAAGGUUUCAAGUCAGAUAGAAAAAUUGUCAUGAGUUAGAAGAAAGGUUUGGUCCAUUCCAAAUUCUGCACAUUUUAGCAAGUCAUUUGAAUGAAGUGCCAAGAUAUCAAUAAAUGAGUUGACAACAUAAAGAACAUUAUAAAAUGUAGGGCCAUAAUAUUUUAGAACAGGGGUCUCCAAACUUUUCAGUCCGAGGGCCGAUUUAACUAUCAAAUUUCAGUUCGGGGGCCAGUUUCUUCCUCGUAUGUCUUUGAUUUUUCUGGGGAAAGUUCCUCAGCAAUCGCCAACAAACGAUUUUUCCUUGGACAAAAAGAUCUCCGCGGGCCGGAUGAGAGGACUUCGCGGGCCGCAUCCGGCCCGCGGGCCAUAGUUUGGAGACCCCUGUUUUAGAAGAACAUCUGAUUCAUGGCUAAGGUUUAGAUAAGGACUGCCGUUGGUCUCACCUUGUGCUACGUGUACACACGGCAUGAAAUCUGACUAGCUAGGUAUAUUUAUUUGUCACUGCCCUGUUAUAUGUAACUACAUGGAAAAAAUUCUAGUCCACAAUUAGUACUCAGUGAUGUGGGAGGGGGGGGGAGGAGAAUAGCAUCCAUUGAGAUUAGCCCCAUCUGCCCAUGAUCACAUCUUGUCAGCUUUAACCACUUGUACAUCACCCAUUGAAACCAGAUUUUUAUAACCAAGUGUUUUUAUUCUUACCAAAUACCGUCUAUAUGGCCAGAUUUCUCUAGCAUACAUAACCAAAUAGAUUUAACAAGUAGCUAAGAUUUAUGCCUAUGAAUAGUUGGCUUUACUCACAUACCUAAUCUGGGAAAAGAAUGCUUUAGCUCCAAAAAAAAAAAAAAAUUGUUGUUGUAGCCUGCUGUAAGUGAUCACACUCAGAUCUACAGCAAGUCUUAUUGUUUGGCAGGUACUCUAGAUAAAUAUCUCAGCUUUAAAAAUUGUGCUUUAUUUUUUUUUUAUGAGCAUAUAGUGCUAUUUGCCUGGUUUUGUUUAAAUUAUUUUAUGUACCACAUAUUUAUGAAGGAAUUACAGUCAUUGAUUUCCUAGCAAUAAUUGUGUUUAUAGUGGAGUGAAUGUGCCCAUUUUGCGUCUGUUAAAAUUACUUUAUUUGUGAAGUGUUGUACUAGGACGAAAGAUAAAGACAAUAUGUCAUAACUAAAUAUGACAUUGCUGAAUAUGUCUUGCUAAAUGUUACAUUGCUGAAUAUGACAUUACAUUUAUACUAAAUAUUGAGUACAGAAUUCUUGUUCAAUAUUUCUCUAUAUACCAUCUAGAUAGGUGUAACAUCUACAGGGUUAGGGUUUGUUUGUUUCUGCCAUAUCAACACUUUGCAAUAGUAUUGUGAUUGGUGGUUAGCAGGUUGUCAUAAGUAAAUCAUUUUAUUUCAUUUAUGUCUUUUUUUCUAGUGUAAACCUUCUCUUUCCUUAUAAGAAGUGAUGCAUUAUGUGUGGCCACAUACAGCCUGUUGUGUUGUGGCCACAUACAGUACAGCCUGUUGUGUUGUGGCCACAUACAGUACAGCCUGUUGUGUUGUGGCCACAUACAGUACAGCCUGUUGUGUUGUGGCCACAUACAGUACAGCCUGUUUUGUUGUGGCCACAUACAGUACAGCCUGUUUUGUUGUGGCCACAUACAGUACAGCCUGUUUUGUUGUGGCCACAUACAGUACAGCCUGUUUUGUUGUGGCCACAUACAGUACAGCCUGUUGUGUUGUGGCCACAUACAGUACAGCCUGUUGUGUUUUGGCCACAUACAGUACAGCCUGUUGUGUUUUGGCCACAUACAGUACAGCCUGUUGUGUUUUGGCCACAUACAGUACAGCCUGUUGUGUUUUGGCCACAUACAGUACAGCCUGUUGUGUUUUGGCCACAUACAGUACAGCCUGUUCUCUGCGUCCUACAGUUUGCCAUUUGGAUCUUGUAAUUAGCUUAAGAUAGGUUGCUGUAAUUGUUAUAGGGCUGGUAGGUCACCA